ACGGGGAACGUAAAUAAGGAAGUACAAAAUACGGCAAAAAGAAAAUUAAAGAGUCCCUUUACAUUGUUUGUUCCAACUCGUAAGCGGUGCCUGUAACCCAUAAUCCAGUUGCUAAAGCAGCAGCUCGAGUUCAGAGUCGCCGCUAGCCGCUGGGACUGCCACAGGUGGACGACGGGUUAGCAGUUGUCUUGCUGGACAUAUCAAUUGAAAAAGUGCAGUACAGGAGGAUACUAGAGAAGAAAAGAGAAGGUAGCGAUGGUCAGGCUCACAGCCGACUUGAUUUGGAAAAGCCCUCAUUUUUUCAAUGCCAUUAAGGAGCGGGAGUUGGAUCUUCGAGGUAACAAGAUCCCCGUUAUAGAAAACUUGGGAGCUACAGAGGACCAAUUUGAUACCAUCGAUUUGUCCGACAAUGAGAUUGUCAAGCUUGAAAACUUGCCGUAUCUUACUCGGUUGGGCACUCUGCUCAUCAAUAACAACAGAAUAACUCGUAUCAAUCCCAAUAUUGGAGAGUUCUUGCCAAAAUUACACACUUUGGUUCUUACAAACAACAGGCUUGUCAAUUUAGUGGAGAUUGAUCCUCUUGCUUCUCUUCCAAAGCUACAGUUUCUCAGUCUUCUGGACAAUAACAUCACUAAAAAACCUAAUUACAGACUGUACGUGAUUCACAAACUAAAAUCACUUCGAGUUCUUGACUUCAAGAAGGUAAAAAGCAAGGAGAGACUGGAAGCGGAAAAUUUGUUUGCAUCAGAAGAAGUUGAAGAGGAGGCAAAGAAGGAAUCUGCCAAGACAUUCACUCCAGGUGAGGUUCCAAAUGUUACAGAAGUAGCCGAGGAACAGCAAAAUCCAAAGGUGGUUACCCCCACACCUGAGCAAAUUCUAGCUAUAAAGGCUGCAAUUGUGAAUUCCCAAACUCUUGAAGAGGUUGCUAGACUUGAGAAGGCAUUGAAUUCAGGCCAGAUUCCUGCAGAUUUUAAGAUUUUGAAUGAUGAUAAUGGCUUCAAACAUAUAAAAGAUAAAGAUGAGAAAAUGGCUACUGAUAGUCCUAUUGCGUCUGAUGCUGAACCAAGUAAUGUGGAGGAGCAGAAGGAUAAUGAAACUGAAACUGCACUCAUGGAACAGGAAUAGAGGUUAUCCAAAGGAAAUUAUGCGUUCUUGACAUUCCUCAUGAGGGCUACGGAGUAAUUCGAGGAUUUUGCAUCGUUUUAGCAGGGAUAUUUUGCUGUUUAAUUAUCCUGGACAUUUGUCCCUUUUUCUUCGGUUAUUCUUUGGUUAUCUUUGCGGAUGUAGCAUGUAUGUCAACUUUUGGGACGUAUACAAGUUAACCUUGUGUUUUGGGACUUGGGAUUGUCUACUUCCUUUUGGAAUUGAAUUUACUAAUAUAUUGACCCUGAUCUUAUUUUCUCAUAUUGUUUUUCAAGAUGUAAAGUACAAUUCAUUUUUCU